CGGAAUAUGACUAGCGAGUGGAUUCGUUCGAAGACCGCUUCCGCCAUCUUUUUUCUCUUUCUCUCCACAAACGUGUGGCAAAAUGGCCAAAGUCAAGUGCUCCGAGCUGAGGACGAAGGAGAAGAAGGAGCUGCUCAAGCAGCUGGAGGAGCUCAAAACCGAGCUGACCAACCUCCGAGUUGCCAAAGUGACAGGAGGAGCAGCUUCCAAACUCUCCAAGAUUCGUGUCGUGCGUAAAGCGAUAGCCCGCGUCUACAUUAUCAUGCACCAGAAGCAGAAGGAGAACCUUCGUCUCUUCCACAAAAACAAGAAGUACAAGCCCCUGGACCUCAGGCCAAAGAAGACCAGAGCUAUUCGCAGGAAGUUGACGCCAUUCCAGGCUGGCAAAAAGACACUGAAGGAAGUCAGAAAAUUAUCCGCUUGGCCCGUAAGGAAGUACGCCCUCAAGGCAUAAAUCUGUCACCUGUUUCACAAAAACUAAUAAAAAAAUCUUCAAAAAAAUCCCAAC